GCUGUCCUUCGUUGAAAUGCAAAGUCCUUACGGCAAGUAUACGCACAUGCAGCAUAUAGUUCUCGACACCACUUGACGCAGGAUGCUCGAAAGAUUUACGUUAAGCGCAUGCCAGCUGUCAGAGAGUCCUCAUUUCAGCAAAGAAUGAGCGUGAUAGAAUGGGACAGAAUGAUUUCAAGAAUCAUCACUUAAAGAAAAAUAAAAUUGCAUCCAAACAAGUGAAUUAGCAGACGAAUGGCGAGCGUUUCUACCCGAUCGUCUACUGACAUUCGGGGGUCAUACUUGAAACAGAUAACAAGAAUUUGGAACCUUAUUUGAUGUUGACGUCCAUUACUGUAGGAGGAGAAGGGAAUUCAGCAGCGUGUGCAAGACUAUAAAACUGGAUUGGCUUGCUCGGACUAAACUGGCUGUAAUUUCUUUGGUGUACUCUUCGCGAGAAACUACGUGGGAAUGAAACCAAUUAUGUGGAAGCUACAGGUGUAUAGGAAACGAUGAAAAGGCAACAAUCGAAUGAUAAUACGCUGCUCGACGGAAAGCCCCGACAACUAAGUGAUGAACGCAUCUUCACACGCGCCUGAUGGCCCAUUUUUCCGCUCCGGGACGAAGAAAAUGGUGCGAAGCUCAUAACGGUGAGCAGAAGAGGAAAAUGGAGGGCAGUAGUCUCACGCUACGCAUAGAUACAUGGCAUUGCUGGAUGGCAAACAGUCGACCAUCAUCCUUCGUAGCGUGCGGGUUUCGUCGUUGUUUUUCUCACAAAAAUUUCACGUUUCCGUUCGUUUUCUUCGUUUGCUGCUUCUGCUGCUGCUCCAGUCUACGAUUUUCAACGAAGAUAGGAAGGAAGAAGGUCGUGGUUUAUCCGUUUGUUUGGAGGUUUACACCACUGUGAAUCACUCUGUUCCGAGAUGACCGCCUUACACUUGACGCUGAUCCUCUGCAUCAGUUGGCUAGCCGUUGCAUUCGCCGCAGAGCCAACGAGGCGGCAAACAAAAUUAGGAGACGGUGAACGUCGCCAGAUCUUUCGCGAUGAAGUGGACCAUUUGAAAAAGGUUAAACGGCCAGCCGAAACCAAUCAUGGUUACUUCCAACCGCAGGAGGACGGUAAUCAACCGCUAUACCAGGAUAGUUAUCGACCAGAUACUCACGACAAUUACAGGCCAACCUAUCAGAAACCCGAUGGCUACGACGGAUACGAUCAGCAUCAAGAACAGAAACCUUACGUCCCCCAACCGCCGCCACCGGCUCAAUACGAUGACUAUGAGCCGGUGAAACCCGCUGCACCUAAGCCGUAUAAACCAGCCGUCCCCAAACCGUACAAACCACGCCCUACCUACCCCAAGGAGGUGGUACUCUUGAAGCCCAGCUUGGCCCUCAAAUCGAACGCGUACGCUGACAAGUAUACUACGCCAAAUUAUCGUCCCAGCCACAUUCCUGGUACUCCUGGAGAAGAUUAUCCCAAUUAUACUGCCAUUCCAGAGACCUCUUUUGAUUGUCUAAACUUCAAGAACGCCGAUUUCAAUUACAUGUUUUCCGAUAGGGAAUCUGGAUGUCAGGUGUUCCAUACGUGUCAUGAUGAUGGUCGCCAGGAUUCCUUUUUAUGUCCACUAGGCACAAUAUUCGACGUGGAAUCGCAGACUUGUGAUUGGUGGUUCAACGUCCGAUGUAUUUAAGAGGCAUCUUCUUUGAUACUAUAUUUAAAAGUUUUUACCUAAUUUACAAGCACUUGUUCAGUUACUGAUGAAUAGCACCAUCUAUCCGUAUUGACGUAUCUAUUUUUUAAAGCAAUAUGGGAUCUAUCUUUCGUGAUUUUUAAAGAAAUAUAACUCUUGCGUCUUCA